AUGACCUCAAACCUUUUUUUGGAUUUCUGUACUUUGUUGGUAACAUGGCUACCUUGUUCUUUGUGUUGGUCAUUGACAGAGUGCGGGGAUGAGCUGCCAGCAUCACUGCCUCUGUCCCAGUUCAAAGCUAACUCUCUACCAACCAGAGUCCGAGCUCACGGAGUCAUUGCUUUAGGUAAACUGUGUCUGCAGCAUGAGGAUCUCGUCCAAAAGUACCUGCCGGUGUUUGCCAGAGAACUUGAGGUUGGGACAGAGGUUGCCGUGCGCAACAAUGUGGUUGUGAUUAUGUGUGACCUGUGUGUUCGAUACACCAACAUCGUGGAUCAUUAUAUCCCCAACAUCUCUGGUUGUCUGCGGGACAAUGAGGCUGUCAUCAGGGAGCAGACCCUCAUCAUGCUGACCAACCUGCUCCAGGAGGAAUUUGUCAAAUGGAAAGGCUCCCUCUUCUUUCGCUUCAUGGUGGCGCUGUCAGUCAUAAUGGAUAUAACCGACAAGAAGGAAGGGGGGUGUGGGGAGAGAGAAGUUUGA